CAUGUUUACACUAUCAACUUACUGUUACUUACUUAUUGUAUUGAUUUUGUCUUGGUUCUAGCACAACAUUGCGUCACAUAUUCACUCAUUUAAACGAUUUAGUUACGUUUAGUGAACAUCAGGAUGUCUCGAAGUGCCGGUACACUGAUAACCACACACAAUGCUGCGUAUAUUCCACCCAGAUUAAUGCCAGGAUACCGAGGUCAUUGCCCCACCACAAAAUAUGACUAUGGGGAAACAUAUGGACAUGCUACAGCCAAAUAUUUUCAGGACUACAGGUCUGCUGUCUUAAACAAUAGUAGAAGUAAUUAUUCCAAAGGAGGCCAGUUUCCAACACUUUAUUCACAUAAUCCAGACCUAGUAAUGAGUGCAAGAGAUCGUACUCGUGAACGUUACAGAACAGCGCCCAAAUAUCAACUAAACAAUGUCCAGUAUGACAGAAUGGAUGAGUUAGAGGGAUUUGAAAAGCUAUCGCAGCAACAUCGUGAACAUUACAAAGACAGAACAGAAACAGUCCAACGUGUAGAUUACUUUAUGCUACCUAGAAAAGCUGAAGAUCAGUUUAAGAAACCAACUGCCUAUUUGGUUGAACUGAAUCAAUGUAUGGACUCUGCACACCAGCAUAACUUGCCAAUGACAAGACACAACCUUCUCAGUAUCGGACCCAAGUCAUCAGUACGUGACCGAGCCAUGAGAGAUGUAUACUUUGAACGUCGCUAACAUGUGAAGACAGAAUAUAUUUCUUAGUGGCAUGGAACUUAUUAUAUAAAACGCACUUUUGAUUCAGAGCUUGCACAGAUUGUUUUAAGAAAUGUACAUUACCCGGGGUAUGCAACAUUCAAUAAAGUAUUCUUAUUUCAUUGA